AUGAGGAACCCAGGGUUUCUGUGGAGCAAUCUGAUUGCACCGUUGAAACAAUUCGAAUCUUUUUUGGGUUCGCGAUCUUCGAGAUCGAAUCUUCCGAAUGUAUGGCUUUUAUCUCUGUGUUCGGUGGCAACGGCGACAAGAAGAACCCUUCUAUUGAAUCUCCGCUCGUACUCCACCGAAUUGCAACCUCAACCAUCUACAGACCUAAUUAGGAUCAUGGAGGAAAGGCUAGCAGCUAUUGAACACAGAAGUGCUUAUCUUCAGGGCCUCAUUUGUCAGCCAGAAGCCUCACCAGCAGAGUAUUCGUCGGCCAAUAAAGAACUUCGGAAGCUCAGGAGUUCAAUGGAUCUUAUAAAUGAGCUGAGGACCAAACAGAAGGAGAUUGUGGAUUUGAAUUCGCUGAUAGGCGAGUGUCCAGAAGAUAAAGGCAUGCAGGACAUGGCAACUGAGGAACUGGGCCAGGCCAAAGAAGAGGAGAAUAGACUGCAGAAUUUGCUGCUGAAAUCCUUACUGCCUAAGGAUGAUGCUGAUGAACGGGACUGCAUUUUGGAAGUAAGAGCAGGAACUGGUGGGGAAGAGGCUUCUUUGUUUGCCAUGGACAUGUUCAAAAUGUAUGAGAAAUACUCGAUGAAGAAGGGUUGGAAGUUCGAGGUGGUAGAGUUAACAGAGUCUGAACUUAAAGGAUACAAGGAAGCUAGUGCCGCAAUCUCAGGAGCUUGUGUGUACGGGAAGCUGAAGUUUGAGAGUGGAAUUCACAGAGUGCAGCGGGUUCCUGUCACAGAGAAGUCUGGACGAGUUCACACCAGUGCCGUGUCUGUUGCUAUCCUUCCUCAGGCAGAUGAGGUAGACGUGCAGUUGAGGAAUGAAGACUUGAAGAUCGAUACGUAUAGAUCUGGUGGUUCGGGUGGUCAGCAUGCAAAUACUACAAACAGUGCUGUUAGGAUAACUCAUAUUCCGUCUGGAAUGACCGUUGCCAUACAAGAUGAAAGAUCCCAGCACAUGGUAACAAAAUCUUAAUUAUCCCAACUUUUUAUCUUUAUGUCUCUCAAUUUAUUGCUGCUCAGGUGGCACAGUGCAUUUAUCUGAUGCUUGUAGGAGCAAUUUGACUAAACCAGACUUUUUAAUAAUUUUAUUAUUUAGUAUCUUUGGAUAAAGAAGUUGGUGUAUAUGUCUAUACUAGAUGUUUUUGAGGCAAUCAACAAUUACUUGACAUUGAAUUCUAAAAGUUUUGUUUUUAGAUUCCUUUAUGGCGUGUACUAUUAUUAUUUUUCUCUACUUUUACUUUUCAGUCACUGAUAUCAAUCAUUGUUUCUUAUUUUAUCAGUUUUUAAGUUAUAAUUGUUCAUGGAAAACUAAUUUCAAAUUUCAAAAUGGCUUUGAUGGUCAAUAAUGCACCAGUAAGGAAGAAUGAUUUGACACAUAUUGAUGGUAAUGUCAAAGGUAGAGGUAGACCUAAAAUAAUUUUGAACAAAAUUGUAAAAAAAGAUAUGAUAGGUUAUGGUUUGACAAAAAAUAUGACUCUUGAUAGAGGACACGAACAAGGGAAAAAUAGGAUUCAUGUAGCCGACUCCAAAUAUUUGAAAUUAAGUCUUUGUUGAAUUAGGUAUGUAUUAUGUUUUUGGUUAACAAUCCAAUUGCAAAUUUAUGGUCUAUUUGAUAUGGAUGGAGGUUGGGUGGAUGGAUAAUAGAGGAAGGAAAAGGGAAGGAAAGAAAGACUUUCAAUUGUUUGCACUUUGCUUUGAGGGGUGGGUUAGAAGUAAUUUGCUAGUGUUCCCUUCUAAUUAACGUGAUCCUUUGCAAAUAUGGUGACCUAUACCUAUAUGUGUGUUGAUCAAAGCUAGUGAGAACCACUCAUUUAUUUCUCUAGUGUUUGGUAUCCUUGUCUAUUUGAUUUAGCGUCUAUUUUUGAAUUACAUUAGUGUUCUCAUUUUUUCCUUUUUUGAAUCUUUAUGAUUUGUUCCUGUUUUUUUGAAUAAUCAAUAUUGUUUCCCUCAAUUUUUCUUUAUUUUUGUCAUUGGUAUUGUUGAAAUCAAAACUGUUUUCUUUGUGUGUAUAGAGAGCUAAUCAAUAUUUGUACAAUUAGAAGAGAAUGUAGAAAGUAAUUAAUGCAAGCAAACUACAAAAUGGUAAAAUUAAUAGAAAAUGUUUUUGCUUCCUUUCCUUCAUCUUACCAAACAAGACAAUGGAGAAUAUAUUUCCCUCACUUUUCCAUCCUUCACUACCAAACGAAACCCCCCUCCCUACACGUACGCACGGGUGGGAGAGGUGGAGUAAUGAUUUCAUCCUCAUAAGAUGGAAAAUUCUGUUCUCUCACUUUCCAUUUUUUUACCAAACACUCCAUUAGUUUUGUUAUCAGGGAGGCGACAAAGGAAGGCUUCUUUCUGUUACUUUGUUAGGAUGCGAACUCUUGUUGCUAUAUCCAAGCUGGAUUUGAGGUCCGACUUGUUGAAUGCUUCCAUCCUCAAAAGAUGGAAAAUUCAUUCCUGUCACUUUCCAUCAUUCGUACCAAACUCUUCAUUGGUGUUGUUAGUUGGGAAGCGAUGAACUUUUGCUGCCAUAUCUAAAUAGGAUUUGAAUCUACAUAAUAAGUACAAUUAUGUGACGGUUGUGGCCAUAUGGACACCGUUGUUCACUAAAAGGCAGAAGUACCCGUGUUUUGAUGUCCCAUUGACAAUUGCAAGGUUCUCUUACUCUCACCUUCCAUCCUCCUAAUCGAAAUUGCCAUCCUGUCGAAACUCAGUAGAAGAUUGUAGACUUGAAUGAUCACAUAAACACUAACUAUUUAUACACAGAGAUACACCAGGAGCUAUACUUUAUAAAGCUCAACUAUGUAGCCUAUUUUUGCUCUCAACUAGGUCUGAUGUUUUAUUUACUUUAAAAAAAAUCAAAUGUUGAGCUUAAAUCAGUUGAAAUUACUCAAAUUUUGUCCACCAAAUGGUACUCUAAAGAACACGAAUCCCUUUCAUUACUUAGAGGAAAAAAGAAAACAAACCCAUUUGAUGACAAGUGGCCUCAAUUGUUCAUAUUGUAUAUUGCUAAUUUAGAUGCACAAAGAGGGAGAGAGUAGGAUUUAUCUCUUCACGGGUUGUCGGAUGAAAAAGAGACAAAGAUGGUUGGUUCGUUGCUCGUUGGAGGGUCUUUGCUUUUCAGAGAGAAAGAGAAGACACAAAAAGAGAGGAGGUAUUGUGGAGGGAGAGAGAAGACAGAGAAAAAUAAACGACUGAUAUAUGGUGUAUUGCAUUCGGGUUUGAUUGAGGGAUGAAGAGAGAAAGAGAGUGUUCGCGUGAGAGAGGGAUUCUUGGAUAGUUAUGAGUGGGAAUUUAAAACUUAUCCGUUAAUAUCAGCCAUUGGAUGUAAAUUUAGAAGGAUCUGAACAACGAAAAGGAAAAGUUAAGUUUGUCUGUGGGAGAUUCAAAAUCCCUUAUCCAUUAUUAUAUAGACUAGUUAUUGCCCAUGCCUGAGGUACGGAGUAAUAAAAAAAAUUGUCAAUUAUAAAUAUAUUUGUAUUCACACUCAAAAUCAAAUUACAAACAUAGAGAGAAGAAAAAAGAAAUUUAAGUGUUAGUUGUAAUGGGGUGAGUGAUGAUAGUUGUGGUGGGCGUCAGUGGUGGUGGUGGGAGAUGAUGAUGGUUGUGGUGGGCGGUGAUGACCGUGGUGGUGGUGACAGUCGUGUGUUUCAACGGUGAUAGCGGGGGUGCAUUUUGAGUGACGAUGGUGGUAGUGACAACAUGAGUGGUGGUGGGUGACGACGAGUGCUUGUGGACGAUAACAGUGGUGGUGGUGGCGAAUAGCCGUGGUGGUGGUAGGUAUGGUGGGGUGGGUGACAGUGGGUGGCGGCGG